AUGCCCAUUCGGAAACUAAGGAAAGACUCAAAUAGAUCUGGUGCAAAGGAAUUCGAAUUCAUUGUCUUGUCUGGGGAUGAAACGGGGAGAGACCGAGAGACCCAGAGACGAGUUCGCAGCGUCGCUCAAGCCAACUAUCGCCGUCAACAUCCAUAUGGGCGACGCCGAACAACCGUGGAACUUGACGUUACGCCAUUGUUAGAUGGAACGAUUCAGAGUCCAAAUGCUUUGCCUAGUCAAGUCGUUCCAAGACCGAUGACAAUACUAGACGCAAGCCGGUCCGAUCCAUUUCAGUCGUUCGGAUUCGGAGACAAUCUGUAUGAUGGGACGUGUCCCAAAUUUAACACGCUAGUUCAAAUCGGCUUCGUCGAUCUGGCUCGAGAGACAAUAGCGCUUUCGCAAAUGCUCUCUGCAUCUGCGUGGCAUCUCGUUCAUUGGCUAGGAUGCGAGAGCGACUCGGGCGAAGACGCCCAGUACGCUAUGAUCUCAACACAAAAUCUUCAGCAGAGGUUAAACAGCGUGGCAACCGGUGCUAGUGACGAGGUUGUCAUCGCUGUUCUGACAUCUGCGGCAUACGCGGUAGGUGUCGAAGCUCUCUGUUUGAUCGAAAUUAAUGGACGCUUCCGACAAGAUGCAGCACCUCAGUUUCCUCCGCCCAAUGAUAUCCUUUCCGGCCAGAGCAAACUGAACUUAGCGUUAUUCGAUGCAGCACAACUCUCAUCCGGCUGCGUUAUUCCUACUGUUGAAAGAUGUGAAGUAGCGAAUUACCUUUGUCAGCAGCUGAGGCAUCUCAAUGACAUAAUUGCGUCGGAAACUUUGACACGGGACUUAUGGAUCGAUCCCUUAUUUCGUGUUUUUCACAUAUCACCAGUACUACAUUACUUUCUCUCUCUUCCGCGAUCAUCAAUACAUGAUGAAAUUAAUGCUCGUCAAAGAGAGUGCUUCCGCCUUGCGGGAAUUUUGUACCUUGGCAAUCUUCGCUCUAAAUUUGACUUUGAGCCUGGUGCUGGCAUGCUCUACGGAACAAAAUUGCAGUUGGUACUUGGUUCAGAAGGGAUGCUUCCCACGUGGGAUUCGUCAAAUAUUUUUCUAAUCUGGAUACUCACUGUUGCAGCCUGCUCGCCGAUUCUCUUUGAUGAUCUGAGAAUGCAAUUUGCGGCCUUGUUGUCGGAAAGCGUUCGGUCCAUAGGCUAUGUAACCUCCCAGGACUAUUUGGCUGCGAUAAAUGGAUUUAUGUGGUGUGAUGCAGCUUUUGGCAUGUCUUUACAUUCUUUGUCAAGACAGAUAUAUGGAGAAAUAUAAUAGCAAAUGC